UCCGGAGUUAUUUGUAUUGACUUUGACAAGCCCGACGAGAAUUUCACAGAUACAAUGCCAUAGAUCAUUAUUGUCCACUACCAGCUAGACGGGCUUCAUAUAACCACAAACCUUAGCUGACACGGCAUCCAGCCAUGCAAUACGACACCCUCCAUCUAAAUAUCAGCAGCCAAGAAAAGAGAGACACAAUAUAUAGAGCAUAACAUGCCAACUCGUGCCCUCGAGCGAAGCACCCGACCCCAAAGGCACCAUACCACUAGCAAACAAGCCAAUAGACCGCAGAAUGAAUCACUCGGGCCUCUACUCCCCCAGCGGGAGCCAGGCACCCAGCAGCCCCGGAGGAGAAGAGCCACCAGCCGGUGAGAUCAACCCAAUCAACCAUCCUAAGGAGUGGGCCGCAAUGAUCUCGCGUGUAGCCUUCCCCGCCACGGAGGGUUGGGAGGUCACGGAGUCAGUCGUCUCGGCCCCGGCCCCGGACUUCGGGCUGAGCGACCUAGUGACCGUCUCGCACCCCACAACCGGCCCGGUGCUGUUCCUAGUGACAGGAUCGGACCUCUUCGUCCCCCCGCUCCGCGUGGAGGAUGACGCCGUGUGGAAGCGACGCCAGGAAUGUAUGCAAGCGGAAUGGCGUAGGACCGCCUGGCGGGGUCAGUAUAUCCAUGGAGGUGUGCUCGUCGGCGGGGAAAUGGUCUUCUGGUGUUAUCAAGGCCACGGCAUAAGUGCUCACAUGAUCAAUGACGACGUGGUCGGGUCCUCCUGGAAGCUAUCCGAGCAUGAAGGCAAGCUGCAAGUAGCCAAAAUCCUGUGUAACGUCCGUGUGGUGUCGGGAAUGGAUGUCAACCCUGAUCUGGGUGAACGCAUCUUAGCAACAGUGGGACUGGAUAUUGACUGGCCCGAACUUGGCUGGGAAUUCUGGUCUGAUUAAGAUCCAGCUGCAAUGUGGACAUGGUCUGAUAUUUUUACAAAUCGAGAAUGAACAAAUUUCUGCUAUUAUUAAACUCUUGUUGUAUCGCAGUAUCUCAUUUUGAUGACCGUAAAGUAGGACGAGAUGGCCUAUUCCGUCUUUUUGU